CUCCUCGAAGAUCUUCCCCGCCAUCUUGUUGAGUUGAAGUUGAUGGUCGAAAAUGGGCGCUCAGUCAACAGAGACUUCCAUGCCAUCUCAAAGCAAAGUCCUCACCCUCCUGCGAUCUCUUAUAUCGAUACGGUCUACCACUCUCCAAGAGCAGUCUGUGGUAGACUUUCUCAAGACGUACCUGACGCAGCAGGGCUGGCAUGUGCAUCUGCAGCCGAUCCCCGACUCUUCACCUGUCAGACAUAAUAUUUAUGCAUAUCGCUCCAAGCCCGAAACUGACAAUAUCCGGACAAAUGUUAAAGUACUAUUGAACUCGCAUGUCGAUACUGUCCCUCCGCACAUUGAGUUGAGUGAGGAUGACGAAAACCUAUACGGGCGCGGAAGCUGUGAUGCAAAAGCAAGUGUCGCCGCACAGAUUUGUGCAGUCGAAGAUUUGAUUGAGGAGGGAAAGAUAGCUGAAGAGGAUGUUGGGCUUCUCUAUGUCGUAGGCGAAGAGACGAAUCACAUUGGAAUGAUAGCUGCCAAUUCCCUUAAUAUCAAUGCUCAAUAUCUUCUUGUCGGGGAACCCACUGAAAUGAUGAUAGCAGAAGGUCACAAGGGGAUGAUCAAAGCGGACAUUGUCGUGAAAGGUCAAGCGGGACACAGUGGAUAUCCAGAACGGGGUAAAUCAGCUAUCGCUGCUUUAGUGGAUAUAUUGCACGAUUUGCAGCAUACGGAAUGGCCAAGUGAUCCCGUUUUGGGCGCCACUACUCUGAAUCUCGGCCAGAUAUCCGGAGGAGUUGCAGCCAAUGUCAUCCCCGAAGAUGCACGAGCGGAUAUAUCUUUCCGUGUCUCGACGAAUGCAGAACAGGUUGCUGCCCAACUACGGACCAUCGUUGAGCAACCUCGUACAGAUGGUGUGCAUGUCACUCUCACUAUCAGAGGGAUGCAAAACCCUGUUAGAUGUGAAACUGUAGACGUGGAUGGUGUGGAAAAGUUUGUUGCGAGAUAUUUUACUGAUAUUCCAUACCUGAAAGGAACACAAAAACCCCUCUUGUUUGGACCGGGAUCAAUUCUAGUGGCGCAUUCAGAAAAGGAGUUUGUAAAGAAGGACGAUGUCAUUCGAUCCGUUAGAAUCAUUAAACAGAUUGUACAAAAUUUGGUCCAUAGGGCCGUCUGAAAACAACUACCGACAACAAUUUAUUUUAGGGAAGGAAUUGAGCAUCUUAUAGAAAGUUAGCAACUAGUAUCCUAUUUCGUCAGCUUCACAGUAUUAGCGCCAUGUAUAUUCUAUCGAUCUAUUCCUUGUUGACUAAGGAUGAGUUGAUUGCUUUGGUUAAGUUUACUGGUAACCUAGGUCAAGCUAGGUCAUAGACAUCCGACUGCACAUGUUUACCGUAUAACUUGACCGACAGCGGCCCGUAACUUGCUACAACUGCUUGAAAAUGCAAUAUCAGAAGCUUCGAACGGGCUCAACUGUGUUUCACAUUGGCUAAAUCCGAUCGAGCUUUCUGGGUCG